UAAUUACAAUGUUUUUUUUUAAACUCGAAAAGAAAAUAUGUUACUCAUUGAGUUAUUAUUUUAUGUUUUUAUUUAAUAAAACUAUUAUAACUAUAAUUAAAAGGGAUGCUCACGCAAAGAAUUCUUGUUGUCAGUUACAUUAAACAUUUAUCUAUGUGCUGAAAUUAAAAUGAGUAUCUCACAACAAUUUGCAGUACUUUCUGGGGAACUUUGCAGCCACUUGUACGUAAAAGAUUACAAUAAGGAGGCUAUCAACUCUUUGAUUGAUGAGCUAAACGCUAAGCCCUAUAAAGCUGAAUUAUUCGUCGGAAAACAGGAUGCUGCAGCUCUUAUAACAUCUCUAUGUGUUAAUAUCAAGCCAAUCGAUGAAUUUAUUGCAGCCAAGACUUCCCAUUUACUAAAUAGCAUUAUAACCAAACAAAACAUCCAUUUUGAUGGUGAUUACUUAAGUAAAGUUGUAGCAUGGCACAUAGAUUGUGUCAAGAAGUGUUCAGAUAUGAUUUUACUAGACAUCCUGCACAACAUGCAAUGUAUCCUACAGAAUAAUCCCCAUAGUGGCCAGAAGUUUAUAAAUGAGUUAAUAGGGAGACAAGGCAUUCUCACAAAAAUGAUAAGUGGGGACAAAUCAAAAAGUGCAAAUAACCAAGAUCUGCAAAUAUGUCUAAUGUCUCUCAAGUGUGUAAUAAGUUUACUAACAAUGGACGAGAAUAGGUCGAAUGGCCAAACUGAUGUUAGCAUUGAAGUCAAAGAACAUGUAUCACAAAUUAUAGUCAACUUUUUAAUGAUAGGCAGUACUAGAUCUCAAGAUGAAUCAAUAUAUUGUAAGAUUUUAAUAUCAGCAUUGAGAAUUUUGUCACAUAUUUAUUUCAAUGAGCAAAAGAUUGACAUACCAAUAUCAGAUGUAAUAGGAAUAUGUCAGUAUUUCAUUUUAUAUGGGCUUGCAAAUCAGGGUAAUAAGCCUGAAAGGAUAAUGCCAGCUCAGCAGUCCAUUGCUGCAGCACCUGUUAAACCAAAUCCAAAAGGAGGCAAGAAACAAAAAAUCAGGAAGCAAAGGAACAAUGCAAUAGAGAGCUUAAAAAAGGAGAUACCAGUGUCCGAUCGUAGUUUGAUGAAGGAUGUCGAUAAUUUUGAAAACAAUUCAGCGUAUAAGCCAGCUAGUAAGAAUUACUUGGACGUCCAAAAGACUAGAACAUGUUGGAAUCUUACGAGUGACUCUGACAUGUCAGAUGUAGAAAAUGGGAGGGAAAGCAAACUUUUAGCACUGAGAUCGAGAGUACGACAGAGUGCUGCAAAUUUGUUUCUGGUAAUCUUUAAGGUGAAAGAUAAGAAAGAUAUUUUUGGCUAUUGGUGGGCACUUUUACCGGAUUCGCCAGACGUAGACAAUUGGUUGUUAGACGAUAAAUCUAAGAAGACCCUCGCGUUUGCAGCCGUCACCGACCCUAUAGCCAGAAGCAGGGCCAGCGCGCUCAGUGUUAUCUUAGCCUUGCUGUCGGGCUCUAGAAUGUACCUGUCACAGGCCGAAAGUAGCAAAAGGUCAAACACAUCAUUUAUUCCGUUCUCUGUAUCCCUCGGCUACAUAAUCACUUGCAUGCACAAGAUCCUAGUCGGCAUACUGGAUGCUGAGAGAAGCCAGGCGGUGAUAAUAGUCGCACUCAAAUGCUGUGCCGCUUUGGUGCAGGCGACUCCUUAUCAUAAAAUGCAAGAAGGAUUGAUUAGAGAGCUUGUGAGGUCGACUAGAAAGUUUUUGGUUUAUAGAGAUUUUUCAUUACAAGUUGGUGCCUUAAUAACUAUAGGAUGUGUUCUAUCAGUGGACCCAAAAAUAGAAGAAAUAUUGAAAGCAAUGGAAAAAGACACAGUGCCUUACAGAAAUCAAAAUGAGCAAUCAAACAAAGAAACUGUCCCUUUAAAUGAUGAAUGUGAUGAUUUCGAAGAGGGAUAUUCUGAUGAUGAAAUGUUUGUUGCUGUUGAAUCUGAAGUCAGUGAUGUAAAGAAAGAAAAAGAUAUGAAGACGUUUUACUUUAAAAGUUGGAUUUUAGAUAUUUGUUUUAAGAAUAUGGGAUGGUUGUUCAAGGACAAUGAAAGAAUUAGAUGUAAGCCGUCUGCUAUUCCAAUAAUUCUGGAAUCACUUCAAGUGUUAUCAGCGAUAGCAUUUCACCAUCUGUCAGAGAUGUUACAAUGUCACACAAUGUUACUGGCGGACGUUCUGAGUGAAAUGUUACAACACGAACAUCAAGACGUCGUGUUACAAUCUGCUAGAACUAUAAGCAUCAUUGGCGACGCUAUACAGAAGUUGGAACAACAAGACAAACCGUUACCCCUGAACCAAUGUGUAUAUAUGUGGGAGAAGCUGCUAUCUCCUCUGUCCACAGUACUGCAAAAUCACGAAAAUGUUCCAGCCAAGGCUGUUGUAUGCGAUUGUAUUGCCAACAUUGGCGAGAAAUCUUUCAAAGAGUUACCGGGUCGAAUGCAGAUGCUAUGUUGUACAUUGCUGAUAGGAUCUUGCAGUGACGAAGAGGCCACAGUGCGAGCGGCGGCAGUGAGAGCGCUUGCUAUGGCCGUUAUGUACCGUACACUCAGAGAGGACAUUUGCUUCGUAAGCGAUUGUGGGGAAAAUAUACUUCGCGCGUUAGCAGAGACGACCUUAGUGGUGCGGACUAAAGCGGCGUGGGCGCUUGGCAACCUGAGCGACGCACUGGUGUUAAACAUGAAGGAACCGGAGAUCGAUGAUCUUGAUGAUGACCUACUACUGCGUCUGCUAGAGGUCAGCAUACAAUGCGCCAACGACAAUGAUAAGGUUAAAAUGAGUGCAACACGUGGCCUUGGAAACCUUUUGCGGAUCAUAAAGAGCGAGAAUCUACAACGGCACACGCAAUUGAAGUCCUUAUGUGAGGUGGCCAUAGGGAAGCUUUUGGAUUGCGCUUCUAGAGUCACCAAUAUGAAGGUCCGAUGGAAUGCUUGCUAUGCCCUUGGCAAUGCAAUGAAGAAUGAUCAUUUGUUCACGUGCUUAACUGGGUGGCAGGGCAAAGUUUUUUCUAGUCUAUGUACAUUAGCUCAGGACUGCAAGAACCUCAAAGUGCGUAUAAACGCAACAGUUGCGUUGCGUGCGCCGGAACAUCGUACACAGUAUGGUGACCAGUACGUUCCGCUGUGGCGCGGAGUCAUGGCCGCCAUGGAGACCGCCGCUAACGUUGACGACUUUAACGAGUACAAACAUAAGGACAAUCUUAUCGAACAGUUAUGCGUGACACUGGCUCAUCUAUGCUGUCUAUUGAAGGCUUCGGAUUUACCGGACAUAUUGGACCCGUUGAUUUUCCACUUUGACUGCGCCAAGGCUCUUUACACCCAGUCGUACCACAAGCUGCCUCCUGAAAACGCUUCCUGUAUGAAAAUAUUACAAGCUGCGAAAUACAUUACAGUAGAUUUAACACCUGAAAACGAUACGCAGUCGCAAUCUUUGGGAAUGCUUCAAGAAAUAUUCAUAUGGGAUGUAUGAUGUGAACAUAAAGGCGAGAUUAGGCAUUAUGUUGGAUGCAAUCAUCGAUCUCCUGUUAAAAAGUUGCGACCAAAAAACGAACCCACUCAAUGAGUGCCAAACACAACUUCUUGGCACUCAAUUCAAGUAGUCGCGUUUGCUAAUUCAACCUUAAACUCAAUCCUUAAGGUUGAAUUUGCUCUGAAUUUGGGAUUUCAUUGAAUAUUGGAAUAUUGGAAUAUAUAUAAAGGUAUAUUCUUUACCAAUAAUUCUAAAACUGCCAAAGCAAAACUGGCCAGUUUUUAAGUGACAUUUUCCACAUGAUUGUGCGUCCUUUUAUUAUAAGAGGUCAAUGAAUGCAAUAGAGAAUAUGCAAGUGAUUAAAAUAAGGCGAGAUAUUAUUAUUUGUAUUCCUUACUCUACAACGUGCAAUUGCAAAGACUUUGCAAUUGCACGUUGUAGAGUCAACAUCUCCUGAGGAUGCUCCGGUUUCGGGGUGAAACGUACGUAGAGAGUAUUUUGUCGGACCUGGGUGACGUUGUCGCAUGGGUUCGCCGAAUUUUCGCGGAUGAUAGCAAAAUAAAUAAAUCAUUAUAUAAUCAUGAUGAACUUCCGCAAAGUAACGCCUGCUUCUAUCCAAUAUUUGAUCAAGAUAAGUUUUUUUUUCUUUUUAAAAAAUAUUUGCCAUUAUGUUUUAAAUAUGACCAAUAUUCCCAUUCCCCUCCAACUAGUCGGGAAAGACUGUAUUAGGAGUGGUUACGACAAUAGACUUACAGGGCGGGGAUCGAACCACCACCUCUAAUAGUAAUAAUAACAGUUCGAAAACAAAUGAAGUGCUACUAAUAUAUACGCGUAAGACUACAUAGUGUUAAUUUAAUUUAUAUUUCUUUCCAUAUUAUGUACAGGUAUUUAAUCUCACGAAUAAAGAUAUUUUUAUAUUUUAUA